CCGCAGACAAAGUGGGGCAGUUGGAGAAGCGUUUUCAAAACAUGAAAACCAAAACCAAGAAGCUGCUGAGAAAUGGAGAGGAAGGCUAUGACAGACGCAGCGAAUUUGGCUGGAUGGGUGUUGAAGAACACUGACGAUGGGCAUGAAGCUAAAUUCAUCCAGAAAGUUGUUGAACAGAUUUCACUAGAGUUACGAUCCAUAAAUUUCAGGAGCGAUGAAAAUUUAGUAGGCAUGGAGACCCGAAUUAAUGGUGUUUUAUCAUCUUUAGGAACAGGUUUUGAUGAUGUUCGUGUGAUCGGGAUCAAAGGAAUGGGAGGUGGUGGGAAGACAACUUUAGCCAGAGCUGUUUUUGAUCAAAUAUCCUUUAAAUUCGAAGGUAAAAGCUUCGUUGAAAAAGUCAGGGAAGUAUCAAAAGCUUCUCCAUCCGGUUUGAAUUCGUUGCAAAACCAAAUCCUUUCUGAUGUCUUCAAUGAUAAAGGCAUGAGGGUAAGUAGUGUUCAUGAGGGGAUAGGCAUGAUGAAGAGGAGGAUGACUAGUAAAAAGAUUCUUCUUGUUCUAGAUGAUGUGGAUCAUAAAGAGCAGCUUAAGGCAUUAGCAGGUGAGACAACUUGGUUUAAGCCGGGAAGUAUAAUCAUUAUUACAACAAGAGAUCGGCAAGUACUCGAAUCCUAUGAAGAAAAGUCAAUUCAUGAUGUCCAACUGUUAUCGCAUGAGGAUGCAAUGUGCCUCUUCAGUAGGUAUGCAUUUGGGAAAGUGAUUCCAAAUCCAGGAUACGAAGAGCUAUCAAAACAAGUUGUGCAUUAUGCUGCUGGUCUUCCCUUGGCCAUCAAAGUUUUGGGUUCAUUUCUUUGUGGUAAAGAUGAGAUUGAAUGGAUGGAUGCCCUUUUAAGACUAAAAACCAUUCCGUCUCAAGAAAUUCUGGAAAUAUUGGAGAUAAGCUACAUUGGUCUAGAGAAUGAUUACAAAGAAAUAUUCCUAAAUGUUGCAUGCUUAUUGAAAGGGUGGUCGAAAGCCGAUGCAAUCAAAGCGCUUGAAAGUUGUGGAUUUCAUGCUAGAAAUGGUUUAAGAGUUCUUGAGCAAAAAUCUCUAAUAACUGUUAAUGAUAAUGGGUAUCUUGGCAUGCAUGACCAUAUUGAAGAAAUGGGGAGAAAUAUUGUUCGUCGUUUGCACCCGGAUAAGCCUAAGAAACAUAGUCGAUUGUGGAUUAACAAGGAAAUUGAAGAUAUAUUGGCUAAUAAAUUGGGUACUCAAGCAACAAGAUAUAUAAAAUUCUACAUGGAGAAAUUCAGUCCGGAUAUGGUGAUGAAAGGUCUUAGAAAGAUGAAGGAACUUACAUUUCUUCACGUGUCUUUGCAAUUUAUUGAUGCAAGCAAAAGUGAUUAUUCUCGGCAGAAUUGGAAGUCUAAAAAUUUUCCUAAUGCUUUGAGGUAUCUGUGUUGGAACGAUUACCCAUAUAGGUCUUUACCCAAAAAAUUUCAAGCAGAUAAUCUUGUUUCACUCGAGAUGGUUAUAAGCCAAAUUGUACAACUUUGGGGAGGGGGAGAAAGAAAGGCUCUUAACAAGCUCAAAUUCCUUGACCUCAGCUAUUCAAAGUUAAGGAACCUUGAUCUUGGGCUUACUCCAAAUAUCGAGACGUUGAAUCUUAGAGGAUGUCGUGAAUUGGUGAAACUUCACAUGCUUGCUAGAUGUUCAAAACUCAUAAAUAUUGACCUCAGUUCAUCAAUGUUGAGGACCAUUGACCUUGGGCCGGCUCCCAAUCUUGAGAUUUUGAAUCUUAAAGAAUGUGAGGAGUUGGUAGAACUUCACAUGCUUCCUGGAUGUUUAAAGCUCAUAACCGUUGACCUCAGUUGGUCAAUGUUGAGGACCCUUGACCUUAGAUCGACUCCCAAUCUCGAGUUAUUAGAUCUUAAAGGAUGUUCAGAGUUGAUAGAACUUCACAUGCCCGAUAAAUCUCCAAAUCUUAGAUCCCUCGAACUCAGUUAUUCAAAGUUGAGGACCCUUGACAUUGGGCUAACUCCCAAACUCGAAUAUUUAGAAAUUACAUAUUGUUAUGAUUUAGAAGAACUUCACAUGGCUGAUGAAUGUCAAAAGCUCACAUCCCUCUCCAUUACUCGUUCAAAGUUGAGGAACCUUGACCUCGGGCUGACUCCAAGUCUCAAGAUAUUAGAUCUUAAACAUUGUUAUGAUUUGGAAGAACUUCACAUGACUAGUGAAUGUCGAAAGCUCACAUUCCUCAACAUUAGUCAUUCAAAGUUGAGGAGCCUUGACCUCAAGCUUACUCCAAACCUCGAGACGUUAGAUCUUAAAGAAUGUUCCAAUCUUGUAGAACUUCAAAUGGUUGAUGAAUGUCUAAAAAACCUUGUCUACUUAGACUUAAGUGGUAGUUUGCGGUUUCUAGAGUUUAAGUUUAACAUAAAGGAUGAUACUUUAAGUGAGAACGAUUCUUAUUGUAGUAAGGGUGAUGCUUCUGGUAGUGAGGAUGAAUCACUUGAGGUUGGUCCUUUAGCUGAGUUACUCCUGAUUAUGUUGUCCCUAGAUGAAUGCCCAUUUCACCCCAACAAUAAUUUACCAAAGUUUCAGCUUAUAUGUUGCUAUAAAGAAGAUCAACCUUUAUUGACUAGCAACCUUGAGAAGCUUAUUUCUGUAGGUUUGUGUGUUUGCACAAACCUUGAUACGUUUUCAAGAAGCAUUUGUGGGUUGCAACAUAUAAGAAAGCUUAAACUCCAAGGUGGUAUUCCAGAGGUCCCUAAGGAUCUUGACCAGCUAGAAUGUCUAGAGAAGCUAGAAUUUUCUUAUACAAACAUUAAACAUCUUCCCGAUAACAUUUGUAUGUUGAAACAUCUACAAUAUCUCAAAGUUGAUUCAUGUUCGUUUCUUGAGAAGUUACCUGAGAAUCUUGGCCAAUUAGAAUGUUUAAGGAAGCUAAGUUUGUCAUCUACAAAGAUUAAACAUCUUCCUGAUAGCAUUUGUAUGCUGAAACAUCUUGAAUCUCUCGAACUUCGUGAUUGUUCGCUGCUUGAGAGGUUACCUGAAGAUAUUGGGCGAUUAGAAUGUUUAAAACAUCUCUCCCUCUGCUAUUGUAUUCAACUUGAGAACUUGCCUGAGGAACUUGGACGUUUAGAAUGUUUAAAAAUGUUAGAAUUAACACAUACAUUCAUAUGUCAUCUUCCACAAAGCAUCUUUUUGUUGAAAGGUCUGCGUAUUGUUGGGUCAGGAGAGCUUCUUCAGUCAUGUGAUUUAAGAUCCAAGAUACAGCCCUCAAUAUACGAUGAGUUCUUCUAUGUGGAUGUGUGAAUAAUGCAGGCAACUUUUACACAGGGACCCACAAUAUAGGAGUCUUCUCUCAGUGCAUUUCUCCAAAGAUUAUUUUGAGUCUCCAAAGCCCUGGAAAAAAGCCAAUUUACAAAGAUAUAUAAUUAUAACAGUGUAGCCUAUACAUUGUUGGUGUUAAAUUUGGAGCUUUAUUGGAGAUAAAACCGGACAUGACUUGGCAGAUGCAAAAUGGAAGCAAUCAAGACACAACGUGAUUUGCCCAACUACUUUGGAGAACUAUUUAGGAAGAAGUAAUGUAGCAGAUGAGAAAGAGCAUUGUUGUCAAAGCAAACCCUAUUCCCAGUUUUUAAUACCAAUGAUCUCCAUUAAAGGUUGAACUUAAAAUGCAUUUUCUUUUCUAUACUAUAUGGUUUACAUUAAGGUAUAACAAACCUAAAAAAUUGAAUGAAAGUUAAAUGUAGGGUCGCACUAGU